GGCAACCCGCUCUGAUCCCCUUCCACGCCGUGAAAGCUUUGUUCUUUCACUCUGCAAUAACUCUUGCUACUGCUCACUCUUUGGGUCCACACUGCUUUUAUGAGCUGUAACACUCACCGCGAAGGCCUGCAGCUUCACUCCUGAAGCCAGGGAGACCACGAGCCCACCGGGAGAAAACAACAACUCCAGACGUGCCGCCUUAAGAGCUGUAACACUCACCGCGAAGGUCUGCAGCUUCACUCCUGAAGCCAGGGAGACCACAAGCCCACCGGGAGGAAAGAACAACUCCAGACGCGCCGCCUUAAGAGCUGUAACACUCACCGCGAAGGUCUGCAGCUUCACUCCUGAAGCCAGGGAGACCACGAGCCCACCGGGAGGAAAGAACAACUCCAGACGCGCCACCUUAAGAGCUGUAACACUCACCGCGAAGGUCUGCAGCUUCACUCCUGAAGCCAGGGAGACCACGAGCCCACCGGGAGGAAAGAACAACUCCAGACGCGCCACCUUAAGAGCUGUAACACUCACCGCGAAGGUCUGCAGCUUCACUCCUGAAGCCAGCGAGACCACGAGCCCACCGGGAGGAAUGAACAACUCCAGACGCGCCGCUUUAAGAGCUCUAACACUCACCGCGAAGGUCUGCAGUUUCACUCCUGAGCCAGCGAGACCACGAACCCACCAGAAGGAAGAAACUCCGAGCACAUCCGAACAUCAGAAGGAACAAACUCCAGACGCGCCACCUUAAUAUCUGUAACACUCACCGCGAGGGUCCCCGGCUUCAUUCUUGGAGUCAGUGAGACCAAGAACCCACCAAUUCCGGACACAUUAGUACAGGUCUUUGAAUAAAUUUUGCUUCUAACAGAAGUUACUAUUUAUUCCUAAUUAGAUGGGCAGGAAAGUCUUUGAAGAGGAACCUCUACUUUACUUUUUACAGUAGAGAGAGUAGUCUUUGAUCUUGGGGAGUUGGGGUUUUUCCUUUUGGUUUAGCUUCAGGAAGUUUGUGUUAAUUGGCCUUAGGUUCCCUGCCCCCAGCCCCAGGUGUUUUUCCUUUAACUUUAGGAAAUUAUCACGAAUUGGCCUUAGAUUCCCCGACCCCAGAUCUUGGUGUUUUCACUUUUAGGAAGUCCGCAUGAAUCUUAUCUAUGCUCUUAUCUACGUCCUAAUUUUUGUGUUUUUUGUCUUUUUUAUAGGAAUAGGGUUUUGCCAUGUUGCCCAGGCUGGUCUCAAACUCCUGAGCUCAAGUGGUCUGCCUCCUCAGCCUCCCAAAGUGCUGGGAUCACUGGCGUGAGCCAUCAGGCCCAGCCUCUAUGUGCUAAUUUUUGAACAAAUUCCAAUAGGAGCAUUCUAGUCUCUGAGUGUGAGAUGACCAAAAAUCAAGUCCUUGUGAGGCUGAAUAGAGUCGGGAGGCAGGGAACUUAAGGCUGUUUCAGGCCGACUUCCUAGAACUAAAUUGAAAGGAAAACCCUCACUUUCCUCGCCUAAGUAACAAAAGGACCAGAGGCUACUACUCCCUUUGACCUUUUCUGCCGGCAGAUAGGAAAUUGGCUGUCUGCAACAAAUCAGACUGAUGGCCGGUUGAGCCUUCAUUUGCAUAGAAGUGUAACUUUGUAACUUCACCCUAGCCUUUGAUUGGUUGCUUUUUGCAACCAAUCAGAUGUUUGCACAGGAGUGUGACCUUUGUAACUUCAGACUCUGGUUGGCUGCUUUCUGCAGCCAAUCAGACUGAACGCGGGCUACCGCUUCAUUUACAGAAGGUGAGCGUGAAGUGGCCAAUGGGAAAAUUCUAGGAGGUAUUGGGACUCAUGAAGAUUCUGUAUCAGAGCCCUUGAGCUGCCGCUUGGCCAGUUCCCACACUGGAGUAUGCUUUCGUUUUCAACAAAUCCCAGCUCUUGUUCUUUUGUUGCUUCAUUCUUUCUUUGCUUUGCUGGGCGUUUUGUCUAAUUCUUUGUUCAAAACGCCAGUAAUCUGGACAGCACGCAGUCAAGACCCCCUACCGGUGACACUUGCGCUCUUCGGGGAGGUAAACAGCAUUUCCUCUCAGCUCUGGGUUGGAAAAAGCCGCAGCAGCUGAUGGGCCCGGGAACCCGAGGCCCCGCCCCCUAGGUGGUCCUAGCCUCUGCGCGUGCGCGGCGUGUCUGCGUGGCCGCAUGCGCAUAACGGCCACCAUCUUAACCGCGCGCUCCCGCUGGCGUCUGAGAAGGAACAGUAUCUCUGCCUUCCUGUUCACGGUGACCUUCGCUUGGUGUCCUCCUGGCCUGAGCAACCUGACAAUUCUGUCGUGUCCCGACGGAGUCUGUCUGUCCCAGGCUGGAGUGCAGUGGUGUGAUCUCAGCUCACUGCAACCUUUGCCUCCUGCGUUCAAGCGAUUCUCCUGACUCAGCCUCCCAAGUAGCUGGAAUUACAGGCAUGUGCCACCACGCCCGGCUAAUUGUAUUUUUAGUAGAGACAGGGUUUCACCAUGUUGGCCAGGCUCUCGAACUCCUGACCUCGUGAUCUGCCGGCCUUGGCCUCCCAAAGUACUGCGUGAACCACCAUGCCCCGCCAUUCACCUGAAUUUUUAAAAAUAAAAUUUUGGCCUUUGAAGAUUUCAGGAGCAUUAUCUAGUAAAAUGCUGCCGUUCUUAUGCAAUGAUGUUUUCCUGUGAUUUUAUUUGAUUUACCUAUGUCCUGUAUUUCUUGUAAAGUGGAUGUUGGUGUUACAGUGGUACUGUCUAAUACAAAUAUAAUGCAAGGCACGGAUGUAAUUUUUAAAAAUUUUAGUAGCCAAAUUAGAAAAUGUUAAAUGUAUGUGUGAUAUCAUUUUUAAUAUAUUAAAAAUGCAGCAUAUCCAGUUAUCAAUAUAAGUUUUUGAAAUUAGUGACUAAUGUAGUCAGUAUAAAAGUGAGACAUUUCACACUUCUUUUGUACUAAGUCUUUGGAAUCCUGCACGUAUUUUACACUUACAGCUAAUUUUCAUUGGAAAUUCUUGAUCUGUAUUUAGAGUUUAUAAAAUUAACUAUUGAAAAAGUAGAUUAACAAACCCAGGUUGUUCCAAACAUACUUAAAAGUUUUUCAAUAACAAUUUUAUUUUUAAAGUUGAAUUAAAAGUAAGUAAAAUUAAGAAUUCAUUUCCUCAGUUGCACUAGCCACAUGGGGCUAGUGGCUGUUGAGUUAGACUGGCCAGAUCCAAGGCUUCCAUUUUCUAGGUAAUGUACUGGGCUUCACAUUUUAUCCUAUCAGUAGUCACAUACUACAAGUUUGUUAGUGAUGCUAAGCAUUUGGUCAAGGUACUCAUCUCUGUAUAGUCAAGUUUUUCUUAUAGUAAUCUAUAAGUGAUACUUUGGCCACAGGGGAAUAUUCUGUUCCCCAACAGCCUUUCACCCAGUGGUUUUUUUGGCUUGUUUUUGUUUUGUUUUGUUUUUGUUUUUUGUUUGUUUGUUUUUUUUUGACGGAGUCUCACUCUGCCGCCCAGGCUGGAGUACAGUGGCGUGAUCUUGGCUCACUGCAACCUCUGCCUCCCUGGUUCAAGUGAUUCUCCUGUCUCAGCCUUCUGGGUAACUGGGAUUAGAGAUGUGGUUCACCACGCCUGGCUAAUUUUUGUAAUUUUAGUAGAGAAGGGGUUUCACCCAUGUUGGUCAGGCUGGUCUGGAACUCUUGACAGGUGAUCCUCCCGCCUCGGCCUCCCAAAGUGCUGGAAUUACAGGCAUGAGCCACCGCGCCUGGCCUCACCCAGUGGCUUUAACAUCACUCAGGUAUCUUCUCCUGAACCUGUUUUUACAUUAAGAGGUUAACAAUUUUUUUUUCCUAGUUCUGCCGUUCUUCCUCCAUUCUUUAGCUGACAGUCUUAGGUGAAGAGGAGCUUUCUUUCACCACUUUCACUGCCCUCUAUACUUUUUUUCUUUUUUGGAAUGUCACAACUUAUUCUAAUUUUUUUUCUUUUCAUUCACUGUAUUAUGAUCAAUUCCUGUCAUUCGUAUUGAUGCUCAAACUGUCCCAAGUUUGACCAACGGUAAUUUUUAAAUUUGGCUCUGUGUCUUGUGACACAACUCUACUAAUCUGAGUGCAAAAUUAGACCCCAGUUCACUUUGUAUUUUCCUCUUACAGACCUGGAAUCAAUGAUUGCUCCAAAAAGUCAUGUUCCUUUUAGACACUAAGGUCUGUGUGAUAGGCCCACAGUGGACAUCUAUGGCUUUAUAGUGGACAUCUAGAAUAUGUAUUUUCUUACAUCAUACAUUUAUACUCAUAUUCCUAUUACAAACUUGAGGUUUUUUGUUUUUCCUUAUGUUUGUAUCUCUUAUCUCUUAUAAUAAAGACCUUGACUCCUAAUGACACUGAUAUAUUAUUUGUUAUAGCAACAUUACCAGAUGACUAGUAUUACUACCGUUACUUUAUUUAGUAUUGAGUUUCUUUGUAUUUCUUUUUGUCCUUACUAAGGAUAUAAAGUUCAAACAUUUGUGUGAACUCAGUUUUUUUCUCUGUGUGGUUAUGUUAUCAAUUUGACAUACUAUUAGGCUUGUUUGUCUUUUUUUUUUUUUUUUUUUUUUGAGACGGAGUUUUUGCUCUUGUCCAGGCUGGAGUGCAGUGGCGCAGUCUCGGCUCACUGCAACCUCCACCUCCCGGGUUCAAGUGAUUCUCCUGCUUCAGCCUGCUGAGUAGCUGGGAUUACAGGCUCCUGCCACCACACCUCACUAAUUUCUGUAUUUUAGUAGAGACGAGCUUUCACCAUGUUGGCUAGGCUGGUCUCAACUCCUGACCUCAGGUGAUCCACCUGCCUCAGCCUCCUAAAGUGCUGGGAUUACAGGCAUGAGCCACUGCGCCCGGCCUAAAUGCAUCAGCAUUUUGAUAGUCUCAGCGCAAAGUAGGGCUGUAUAAAGGGGUCAGCAUCCGUAUCUGGGUGCAAACAACACGGUGUCGCAUUUCCUUGGAAACACUAAAUUUGAGUAGAUGUGGAAUGUUGUGUCAGAAAUCUUUUCUUUGAAACUCAGCACCUGGGUUGUAAAUGGAUACUUCUUCUUGGUGUCAAAAUAUUACAUAAGCCCUCCAGGUGAAAGUGGGAUAUUUCAGUCUUUCUGAUAUUUCUUACUGAUACAAUUUCAAACAGCAAAUUUCUAAUAACUGAUUUUAGAGAACAAAGUUUCACAGUGUGUAAAAAAGCAACAGUAACUCAAAGAAAAAAGUCAUUAGAACUGCUUUGUUCCUUUUGUGGUGACUGUGCAGCUGUGUUUUUUUGUUUUUGGGCUAGGGGUUUGAAGUUUUAAACUUUUCUUUUUUAUUCCUGUGCUUACCCAAUACAGCUGUUUAAAAAUCAUAGUUUAUUAUUCCUGUUUCAUAAAUGGAAUGGCCUUGAGCAUAUGUGGUGCCAUAGUUUUUCAUUUCUUUUAUAUUUAUAUACAAUAUGAUUGAUUUUUGUAGUUAGUCUUUGUUUUUCAAGGGCACUAUUUUCUUAUUACUAUUUUGUCUGGAUGAUCUAGUCAUUGUUGAAAGUGGAAUAUUGAAGUCACCUACUGUUAUCAUAUUGCUUUUUCUUCUUUCAGAUCCAUUAAUAUUUGCUUUAUGUAUGAUGACCUCCCUAAAUAUAUUGGUGUAUAUGUACUUAAAACUUCUAUAUCCUUUUGAUAAAUUGGUCCGUUUAUUAUUAUAUGAUGACCUUUGUCUCUUGUCACAAUUUUUGUCUUAAAGUCUAUUUUGUGUGAUGUAAGAAUAGGGGCUCCUGCUGUCCUUUGGUUAUCAUUUGCAUGGAAUAUCUUUUUCUAACCCUUGACAUUUAGUCUGUGCCCCUUAAAAUUAAAACGAGUCUCUUGUAGCCAGGAGAUGGUUGGAUCUUGUUUAGUUUGUUUUGAGACAGUCUCACUCUGUUGCCCAGGCUAGAAUGCAGUGGCGUGAUCUUGGCCUACUGCAACCUCCGCCUCCCGGGUUCAAGCAAUUCUUCUGUCUCAGCCUCCUGAGUAGCUGGGACUACAGGUGCGCACCACCAUGCCUGGCUAAUUUUUGUAUUUUUAGUAGAAACGGGGUUUCACCAUAUUGGCAAGGCUGGUCUCGAACUCCUAACCUUGGCAUCUCCCCGUUCCCGCCUCCCAAAGUGCUGGGAUUACAGGUGUGAGCCACUGUGCCCCACCUGUUUGUUUGUUUUAACCAUAUUCAGCCAUUCUGUGUCUUUUCAUUGGGGAAUUUAAUCCAUUUAAAGUAAUUGUUGAUAGAUGAUGACUUGUUAUUACCAUUUACUUCAUUGUUUUCUGGCUGUUUUGUAGCUUUUAUUCCUGUCUUCUCUUGCAGUCUUCCUUUGUGAUUGAUGACUUUUUGAAUAUUCCAUUCUCCUGGUUUGCAAGGUUUCUGCUGAGAAAUCAAUGGGUAGUAUUAUGGAGAUUCCUUUGUAUGUAGUAAGUCAUUUUUCUCUUGCUGCUUUCAAAAUUGUCUCUUUGACUUUUGACAAGUUCACUAUAAUGUGUCUUAGUUUAGGUCUCUUUCAGUUGAACCUUUUUGGGGGCUUUGAGAUUCAUGAAUAUCGGUGCCUCUGUCUCCCUAGAUGUGGAAAAUUUAUAGCUAUUCUUUAUAUAGGCUUUCUACUCACUUCUCUCUCUGCUCCCUCUGUAACUUCUUUAAUGUUUCUGUUCACUUGGCAGAGUUCCACAGGUUCUUUAGGCUUUCUUCACUCUUUUUCAUUGUUUUUUCUUUUUGUUCCUCUGACUGACUAUAAUCUGUUUUUUAUUUUGUUGAUUCUUCUGUUUGAUGAUGUCUGCUCUUGGACCCCUCUAGUUAAUAUUUCAGUUCAGUUAUUGUACUCUUCAGCUCCAGUAUUUCUCUUUUGUUCUUUAUCAUUUCAAUCUCUGGGUUGAAUUUCUCACUUCAUUCAUGUAUUAUUUUCCUGACCUCCUAUAGUUAUGUAUCUCUGCUGUCAUUUAACUCACUGAUCUUUAAGAUGAUUGUUAUGACUUCCUUCUCAGGUUAUUCACAGGUCUCCAUUUCUUUUGGGUUGGCUACUGAAUAUUUGUUUUCUUUGUGUCAUAGUUUCUUCUUGAUUCUUCAUGCUAUUUGUAGGUUUGCUUUGCUGUCUGUGCACUGAAGUAGUAGGUAUUUCUCUCAGUCUUUAUGGCUUAGUCUUGACUGGGAAAGACAUUCAUCCAUUAGCAGUGCUCCAUAUGAGACAAGAUCAGGACUGACCCCUACAGAAGUAUACCAUAAGGUUGAUGACAAGCACACCUUCUCUUCUCUCUCUCUCCACAGAAAAGCCUCCGUUUGGGAUUUUUCUCAGUCAUACAGAGCAGAUGUAAGAGGAUAUCUGCCUCAUUUCUUUCUCAGAUGAUCAGCACCUCAGUAUGAGGCAAGAUGGCUACUGGCCCCUUGGAGAACCCUCUGAGAGGUCAGGAGGUCAAGUAGUCAAUCUCACUUCUUCCCAUGAAGAAAUAAUGUGCCACCAUGUCCAGCUAAUUCUUUAGUUUUCUGUAGAGAUGGGGUCUUGCUAUGUUGCUCAGGUGGGACGCAAAUGAUUCUCUUGCCUCGGCCUCCCCAAGUGCUGGGAUUACAGGUGUGAGCCACUACGCCUAGCUUCCUUUGGAAUUAUUUUUAACUUCAUUUUAAUUUUAAGGGGCACAGACUAAAUGUCAAGGGUUAGAAAAAGAUACUCCAUGCAAAUGAUAACCAAAGGACAGCAGGAGCCCCUAUUCUUACAUCACACAAAAUAGACUUUAAGACAAAAAUUGUGACAAGAGACAAAGGUCAUUAUAUAAUAAUAAAGAGACCAAUUUAUCAAAAAGAUAUAAAGUCAACGCAACUGAGCUGAGCUGGUUUUGGGGAAGGGCUGAUGAGGGCAGGAGUACAGUGGUGAGAUCACGGUUCACUGCAGCAUUGACCUCCCUAGGCUCAGGUGUUGCUCCCACCUCAGUCUUCUGAAUAGCUUGGACUAUAGAGAGAUGGCUAAUGAAUGGCGCUUGAUGACAGAUGAGUAAUGCCUGUUGUUUAAAGAUUGACGGUAUGAGGCAAGACUCCCACUACUACUUAAUCAAGAGGAAUUGAGAUUGACUUACCCGUAAGUUCAGACAGUGUCUUGAAGAGACUUUGGGAACAAGAUAUUCAGGCACAUUUCACUGUUAGAUUCACAGGAUGCUGGCCAUUGAUCUUUCCCUUUGUGAUCAUCUUUCUCAAGACAUUUUCUGUCUUCAUGAGUCAAAAUUUGAAGAGGAAAGGAUGGUGGCUGGGUGGUUGACAAAUUACUCUCAGGACUCAGUGACCUUUGAGGAUGUGGCUGUGGACUUCACCCAGGAGGAGUGGACUUUGCUGGAUCAAACUCAGAGAAACUUAUACAGAGAUGUGAUGCUGGAGAACUAUAAGAAUCUAGUUGCAGUAGAUUGGGAGAGUCAUAUUAAUACCAAAUGGUCAGCACCUCAGCAGAAUUUUUUGCAGGGGAAAACAUCCAGUGUGGUGGAAAUGGAGAGAAACCAUUUUGGAGAGGAACUGUUUGACUUUAACCAAUGUGAAAAAGCCUUGAGUGAACACUCAUGCCUUAAGACUCACGGGAGAACUUACUUUAGAAAGAAAACCUGUGAGUGUAAUCAAUGUGAAAAAGCCUUCAGAAAACCCUCUACCUUUACUUUACACAAGAAAACUGAUAUUGGAGAGGAACGUCCUAACUAUAAUCAAUGUGAAACAGCCUUCAGCCAACAUCUACAUCUUGUUUGCAAGAAUACUAGCCAAAAUCUACAUCUUGUUUGCAAGAAAACUCACACUCAAGAGAAACCAUAUAAAUGCAGUGACUGUGAAAAAGGCUUACCUUCCUCCUCACACCUCAGAGAAUGUGUAAGAAUUUAUGGUGGAGAGAGACCAUAUACUCAUAAGGAGUAUGUCAAAACCUUUUCUCAUUCUACAGCCCUUUUUGUACACAUGCAAACUCAAGAUGGAGAAAAAUUCUAUGAAUGUAAAGCAUGUGGAAAACCCUUCACUGAGUCUUCAUAUCUUACUCAACAUUUAAGAACUCAUAGUAGAGUGUUACCUAUAGAACAUGAGAAAUUUGGCAAAGCCUUUGCUUUUUCCCCAGAUCUUGCUAAACAUACAAGACUUAGAACUAGAGGAAAACACUACGUUUGUAAUGAAUGUCGCAAAGAAUUUACUUGUUUCUCAAAACUCAACAUUCACAUAAGGGUUCACACUGGAGAAAAACCAUAUGAGUGCAACAAAUGUGGGAAAGCCUUCACUGAUUCAUCAGGUCUUAUAAAACACAGGCGAACUCAUACUGGAGAAAAGCCUUAUGAAUGUAAGGAGUGUGGGAAAGCUUUCGCUAACUCUUCACAUCUUACUGUACAUAUGAGAACUCACACUGGUGAGAAGCCUUAUCAAUGUAAGGAAUGUGGAAAAGCCUUUAUUAAUUCCUCUUGCUUUAAAAGUCACAUGCAGACUCAUCCUGGUGUAAAACCCUAUGACUGUCAACAGUGUGGGAAAGCCUUCAUUCGAUCCUCAUUUCUUAUUCGACAUUUAAGAAGUCACAGUGCAGAAAGGCCUUUUGAAUGUGAGGAAUGUGGGAAAGCCUUUAGAUACUCCUCGCACCUUAGUCAACAUAAAAGAAUACAUACAGGGGAGAGGCCAUAUAAAUGUCAAAAGUGUGGGCAAGCCUUCAGUAUCUCAUCAGGCCUUACAGUACACAUGAGAACUCACACUGGUGAACGGCCCUUUGAAUGUCAGGAAUGUGGGAAAGCCUUUACUCGGUCCACAUAUCUUAUUCGACAUCUAAGAAGUCACAGUGUAGAGAAACCAUAUAAGGAAUGUGGGCAAACCUUUAGUAAUUCCUCAUGCCUUACUGAAUAUGUGUGAAUUGGGGCUGAUACUUGGAAAGAAUGUGGUAAAGCCACUACUUCCUCACACUUACUGAACAUGUACUCAUUCAUAGUGGCAAUGUACACAGUCAUAAGGAAUGUGGGAAGCCUUCCUUGGUGUCUCAGAUCUUAACAAUUCCAAUAGAAGAGAAGACAUAUGAACGUAAGGAAUGUGGGAAAAUCUUGGCUCCUUCCAUAGGCCUUACUAUUCAUGUGUCUGUGCAUCCUAGGAAACAAACUGAACAUAGGAAACCUGUCGAUGCUUACAUCUUAACUGAGUCUGUUUGAACUCAUGCUGGAGAGAAAUGCUAUGAAUGUGAGGAAGGUGGGAAAGCUUUCAUUAUUUUCCUCGGGCCUUACUGAGCUUGUGAGCACAUUGGAUGUAAAUGCACGUCCUCUGGCUGUAAGGAAUGUGUUGAAACCUUUCACUCUGCCUUAUACCUUAAUAUUCAGCUGUGAUCUCACAAGUGUGAAAAAUCUUAUGAAUGUAAAAUGUGUGGAGAUUCUUCUUUGUGUUUAGCUUCCACUUUGGGAACAUGUCAAAGCACACAUUGAGAAGUCCCAUGAGUGAAAGAGAUGUUGGAAAGCCCUUGAACUUGGUCGUUAGGAAACAUCCACACUGAAGAGGAACCUGACUGUAUGGAAGGUCAAAAAGGCUGUAUUAAUUUACAUGCAAAAAGUCACACUAGAGGAAUGCCAUAUCAGAAUGCUUUUGGUAAAUAUACAUGUUUUAAAGAGGUUAUAUAUUAUUAAUAAAAAUAUCUAGCUGGUAUGAA